AACUGACAGGAAGGUGGAUGUUUGAGGAGAAAUUGACAGGAAGGUGGAUGUGUUUUAGUUUUUCCCUUUUCCUUUCAAGCAAGACUGUUCAGAAAUGGGAACACAUUAAGCAGAUAAUAAUCUAAGGAGGUCAGAAAAGGGUCUCCUCCAUAUCCUCUCAGCCUUUGACUGUAGCUGUGUACGUUAUCUCAGGUAUACAUCCAUCGCAUUCUCCUUGAUCUUAUAGUCCUGAUUUUGAGCUCGUAAAAAGCUGAGGCGGUUUAACUGUCAUGGGUGGAUUUGAUGACCAUGUUGCUAUAAUGGGAGAUUGGAUGCCUCCCAGUUCAAGCCCGAGAACGUUAUUCUCAGAAAUGUUGGGUGGUGGUGUUGGCUUAAAAUCAAUUACUGAACCAAGUACUGGUGAAAAUAAAUAUGGGUCCCCUUUUCCAGCACCUGGAGACCAGGUUAUGUUCCGUAAUACUGAUGAAAAGAAUGGGGAAAGAGCUGGUGAUCAAGUAAAUAAGUUAAGUGCAUUUCCUGAGCAGAAAAUGAGCUCGCGAGGAGGUCUUGUGGAAAGGAUGGCAGCCCGAGCUGGGUGUAAUGCUCCAAGGUUGCACACAGAAAGCAUCAGACCUGCUGACAUUUCACAGAAUUCAGAAGUUCGGUCUCCUUACUUGACAAUUCCUCCUGGUCUUAGUCCAACAAGCCUGCUAGAUUCUCCUGUUUUCCUUUCAAAUUCAUUGGUUCAGCCAUCGCCAACAACAGGAAAAUUCCCAUUUGCCACAGGUUCCAACAAUAGAAACUCCAUGUUGAAUACAGAGGCCCCUACUAAGACUAAAGAUAAUUUCUUCGAGGACGUUACCUCAUCCUUUGCAUUUAGGCCUGUCGCAGAAUCUGGUCCCUCCCUUUUUCUGGGUGCAGCAGGGAAGGUGACUCCAUCUGCUCAUCCUCAGCUAUCUUUUUCGAAUAUUGAGAUCUCGGUGCAAUCGGAGAACUCUCUUCUACCUCAAAGUCUAGAACCUGCCAAAGUUCCCUCUCAAAAUGGAACCACACUCCAUGUGCAGACUGACUUCUCUAGACCAUCUGCCGAAAAGGUUGCUGGGGGCAAUAAUAUCUUAUCAGAACCAGGGGCUUUUGAUACUCUUCAUGGUAGUUCAGAUCAUUCUCCACCUAUUGCUGAGCAUCCAGUGGAGGAUGCAGAUCAGAGAGGAAGUGCAGAUCCCAGUGUUGGUGGUGCCCCGUCUGAGGAUGGGUAUAAUUGGAGAAAAUAUGGGCAGAAGCAAGUAAAGGGCAGUGAGUAUCCACGAAGUUAUUACAAGUGCACUCAUCCAAACUGCCCUGUCAAGAAGAAAGUGGAACGAUCUCAUGAGGGUCAUAUUACAGAGAUUAUCUACAAGGGUGCACAUAACCACCCCAAACCUCCACCCAAUCGCAGAACAGCCCUUGGAUCUUCGAAUGCACUCAGUGAUAUGCAACUCGACAUGUCUGAACAAGGUGGGGCAGGUGCUGAUGGUGAUCUAGUUUGGUCAACCAUGCAAAAGGGAACUGCUGCUGGCGCCCCUGAUUGGAGACAUGACAAUCUUGAAGUGACAUCAUCGGCCGCACUGGGCACUGAAUACUGCAAUGCAUCUGGCUCUUUGCAGGCUCAGAACGGCGGUCAAUUUGAGUCAGGUGAUGCAGUUGAUGGUUCAUCUACUUUUUCGAAUGAAGACGAUGAAGAUGACCGGGGAACACAUGGCAGUGUAUCAUUAGGUUAUGAUGGUGAAGGAGAUGAAUCUGAGUCGAAGAGAAGAAAAAUUGAAGCUUAUGCGACAGAAAUGAGUGGGGCCAGCAGAGCCAUCAGGGAGCCUAGAGUUGUGGUACAAACAACGAGUGAGGUGGAUAUACUUGAUGAUGGGUAUCGCUGGCGCAAGUAUGGGCAGAAAGUAGUGAAAGGAAAUCCAAAUCCAAGGAGUUACUACAAGUGCACGAGUGCAGGCUGCACUGUAAGGAAGCAUGUGGAGAGAGCUUCACAUGACCUCAAGUCAGUGAUCACCACAUAUGAGGGGAAGCACAACCAUGAUGUUCCUGCUGCUCGCAACAGCAGCCAUGUUAACUCGGGUGUUUCCAAUACUCAAUCUGCUGCUGCUGCCGCUGUUCACAGGCCUGAACCAUCACAAGUUCACAACAGCAUGACCAGGUUCGAAAGGCCUCCACUCGGGUCAUUCGGUCUGCCUGGAAGACCACAUCUUGGACCUUCCCAUGGCUUUGGUUUUGGAAUGAACCAACCGGGUCUGGCCAAUUUGGCAAUGGCCGGGUUGGGCACUAGCCAAGGCAUUCAUCCAUAUUUAGGUCAGCCACGCACAGUGAAUGAAAUGGGUUUCAUGUUGCCCAAAGGAGAACCGAAGGUGGAGCCUAUGACAGAACCUGGUUUGAACCUCUCCAAUGCCUCAUCAGUUUAUCAUCAGAUGAUGACUAGGUUGCCGCUUGGACAUCAGAUGUAAACUUCAUAAAUCUUUUUUUUUUUCCAUUUUCUUUAAUUUCGAAAGUAGAAACAUUCGAGUUUUUAAGCAUAAAUGUGCAUUUUACUGCUGAUGCAUUGUUUUUUUUUCCUAUAUUUAUAUUUUGGUAAUUGAUCUGUG